CGCAGGCAGUAACAGUUGAUAGUACCGAAUGUGGGGAGGGAGGGUGCGGGUUAGGGUUAUCGGUGUGACUGUUGCUGAGGGUAGCGCAGCUGUAGUCUCGUCUGUCCCUUGCCUCCCUCAGUCUAUCGUCGACGGUCACGAAGUCUACAACUCGAAAUGGUCGCCAAGAAGCCGGAAAUACAAUAUGUUAAGCUUUUCAUCAACAAUGAAUUUGUGGAUGCAACAGAUGGAAAGACCUUCAGUGUACUGAACCCUUCCACUGGAGAGAUCAUCUCCAAUGUCAGUGAAGCAUCUCAGGAAGAUGUAGACAAGGCAGUGGCAGCAGCACGUGCUGCCUUCAAAAGUAAUGCUCCAUGGCGCACCAUGGAUGCCUCUGAGCGGGCAGCCCUCAUGCACAAGCUCUGUGAUCUGAUUGAACGUGACCUUGACUACUUGGCAAGGCUGGACACCCUGGACAAUGGCAAACCAUACACAGAAUCUCUUGGUGACCUUGACUAUUCCAUUAAGACUUUGCGUUAUUAUGCUGGUUGGUGUGACAAGAUUCAUGGCAAUACUGUUCCCUGUGAUGGACCAUACAUGUGUAUGACUCGUAAGGAGCCAGUGGGGGUAGUGGGCCAGAUCAUCCCAUGGAACUAUCCUGUCAUGAUGCUGGCAUGGAAGUGGGGUCCUGCUUUAGCUGCUGGGUGCACCAUUGUCCUUAAGCCUGCUGAACUUACACCUCUAAGUGCACUUUAUGUGGGUGCUCUAGCCAAGGAGGCUGGAUUUCCUCCAGGUGUUGUGAACAUUGUGCCAGGACUUGGAGCAGUGGCAGGACAUGCUGUUGCUCAUCACCAGGACAUUGACAAGGUGGCAUUCACGGGAUCAACAGCAGUAGGAAAGAAGAUCAUGCAGGCCUCUGGUGCUUCCAACUUGAAGCGUGUGACUAUGGAGUUGGGUGGCAAGAGUCCUCUUGUGGUCUGUGAAGACUGUGGUGACUUGGAUGAAGCAGCUGAACUGUGCCACACUGCCAUGUUUGGAAAUCAUGGGCAGAAUUGUUGUGCUGGUUCUCGUACUUUUGUGCACGAAAGUAUUUAUGACGACUUUGUGAAGAAAGCAGUGAAGCUAGCUCAGGAGAGGACUGUGGGAGACCCUUUUGAUGAGAAGACACUGCAAGGGCCCCAGGUGAGCCAGCAACAGAUGGAGCGAGUGCUUGGGUACAUUCAGAAAGGGAGGGCUGAAGGGGCCUGUUUGGAGUGUGGGGGUGACAGGCUUGGGAAUAAAGGCUACUUCAUCCAGCCAACAGUGUUUUCUGGUGUGACAGACAACAUGACCAUUGCUAAAGAAGAGAUCUUUGGACCAGUGCAAGUAAUCCUGAAAUAUAAGACUUUAGAAGAAGUGAUUGAGCGUUCCAACAAGACAGAAUAUGGCCUGGCAUCUGGUAUAGUAACCAAGGACAUCAACAAAGCUCUCACCUAUGCCCAAGCUGUGCGAGCUGGGUCGGUUUGGAUAAACUGUUAUGAUUUGUGUCUGCCUCAAACACCCUUUGGAGGAUACAAGCAGUCUGGACAUGGCAGAGAACUGGGUGAGGAUGGACUGGAUGAGUACCUGGAGACCAAGACCAUCCUCAUCAAGGUACAGGUUAAAGUUUCCUGAGCUACAUGAUUAUUAUCAGGUGCCUUCCAAACUAUGAUAACAAGUAAUAGGCAAUUGGAUUUGUGGCUUCUUAAUCAAGAUGAAAAGUGCCUUUUGUGUUUCAGGUGCCUUCCAAACUAUGAUUACGAGUAAUAGGCAAUUGGAUUUGUGGCUACUUAAGAUGAAAAGUGCCUUAUGUAAAUAAAGGAGCAACAUUUGUGUGAAAUAUGAUAUUGUAUUUGAAAUUAAAUGAAUACUAUAUGAUAAAUAGUUGUAUUUACUCUUUUACUUCAGCAGCUUCUAGUGGAGUAGCUCUCUCAGAAACUUCAGCUUUUUGGAAUCCUUUUUCUAAGAGAGCACACAUAAACACAGCCCCUUUUACAUUCCCCUUUGAAAGCACUGGAGGACAAAGGAACAAUAAAAAGACAGAAAUCUUGAGGACUGCCUGAAACGAACAUGUAUGGAAACAGUGGUAAGAAGUAGAAUGUCACAAUGAAGGGAAAUGGCACCUAUGACAUUUUCAAUGCUUGGUAUGUGUAUGCAGUCAUCUGAAAGUUGGUAAUGUAAUAGCAACUAGUAAUAAGUAUGGCUGAGGCCAAAACACGAUCAGGAUACCCUUAUGUGUAAAUUGUUCAUAUUGCUUUCCUUUGGGUUACAUUGUCCAGCCCAAUAAAAAAUCAGGAUACCCUUACAUGUAAAUUGUUCAUAUUGCUUUCCUUUGGGUUACAUUGUCCUUCUUCAGCCCAAACACAAUCAGGAUACCCUUAAGUGUAAAUUGUUCAUAUUGCUUUUCUUUGGGUUACAUUGUCUUUCUAAGUCUUUACAGCUGUAUCGAUAUAUUUUCACACUAAGUGCAUAGCUUGUGGAUUUGUUUGGGUGUUUGCACAACAGUGAUCACUAUUGAUGUCAUUCCUCUUGAGUGUAACAUAUCUAGCCCCAGUGCAGAGUAAAUCCUGUGAUAUGAAUGCU